GUUCUAAAAACCAACAUGUUCCCGUGGACCAUUAUUGUAAUAAUCAGUAGCGACAAUACUCACAAUGCGAUAAAAAAUCUUACCUCUAUUAAUUGCACCAAAUCAUCAAUGUCUUCUGGGUUCUGACUCUUCUCAGCGCACCGUUCACUCUAAUGGAGUCAAUGAACUUCAAUUUCUUCAACCUUCCAUUUAUAAUCGUCUUCCUUUUUUUCCUUCAUCAGAAACCAGCAUAUUCAUCUCUUCUUUUUCCAAAGGAAGCCCUCCCCAACAAAUCCGGGUACCUUCCGGUCAAUCGGAGCUCUGAAUCCGCCAUUUUCUACACCUUCUAUGAAGCCCAGAAACCCAUUUCCUCAAUCUCCCAAACCCCACUUCUCAUUUGGCUCCAAGGAGGCCCUGGAUGUUCCUCCAUGAUCGGCAACUUCUUCGAGCUCGGACCUUGGCGAGUCAACUUCAACAAGAAAGCUGACGAACCCCUCGCACUCGAACCCAAUUCGGGUUCUUGGAACCGGAUUUUCGGACUCCUCUUCCUGGAUAAUCCGAUCGGAACCGGGUUCAGUAUCACAGCGAAACCAGAAGAGAUCCCGAGAGACCAGAACUCGGUCGCCGACCACCUUUUCGCCGCGGUCUCUGCGUUUGUCAAAUUGAACCCGUCGUUUAGAUCUCGCCCGCUUUAUAUCACCGGCGAGAGCUAUGCCGGGAAGUAUGUUCCUUCAUUUGGGUACUAUAUUCUGAACAAGAACCCGCAUUUGCCGGAGAUUUCGAGGUUGAAUUUAGCGGGUCUUGCAAUCGGAAACGGGUUGACCGACCCGGUGACCCAGGUAGCCACUCACGCUUCACAUGCUUAUUUCUCUGGUUUGGUCAAUGAGAAACAGAGGGUUGAAUUGGAGAGAGCCCAAUUGGAAACGGUUAAGUUCAUUGAGAAUGCGAAUUGGAACGAAGCAGAAAAUGCAAGGAAUAAGAUCUUGAGUUUGCUGAGGAACAUGACUGGUUUAGCCACUUUGUAUGAUUAUUCAAAGAAAGCUCCAUACAAGGAUGACAUGGUGGAUGAACUUUUGCAAAUUGGUGAGGUUAAGAAGGCCUUGGGAGCUAAGGAAUCUAUUGUGUUUCAGGGUUGCAGUGAUUUGGUGAAUGGUGCAUUGCAUGAGGAUGUUAUGAAAAGUGCGAAAUUCAUGGUGGAUUUUGUGGUGGAGAAGAAGAUGAAGGUUUUGCUUUACCAGGGUUUUUUUGAUCUGAGAGAUGGAGUUUUUUCCACUGAGGCUUGGGUUAAGACGUUGAAAUGGGAAGGAAUCGGAAAUUUUCUUUCCGCAGAGAGAAAAGUCUGGGAAGUGAAUGGUGAACUUGCUGGGUAUGUUCAGAAAUGGGGAAAAUUGAGCAAUACUGUGGUUUUAGGUGCUGGGCAUUUGGUUCCUUCAGAUCAGUCAAUUAACUCACAGGUUAUGAUUGAAGAUUGGGUUUUGGAUAAAGGGUUAUUUGCUAAUGUUGAUCAAUAGGAAAACAAAACCAAAAAAAGGAAAAAUUGUCAUAAAAGUUUCCACAAAUCAGUCUGAGAAAAAAUGUUUGUAGUUUUAACUUGCGCUUGUAUGAGUUAGCCACUCAAAUCAUUAGCAAGUAGUACUUAAUUUUUUUU